AUGAUUAAAGAUAGAUACAAGUUAUUGCCAGCUUCAUUACCAAAAGAAGCUGACGAAUGGUCAAAUAAAGCGGAGAUAGAACCGGGAGUUCCAAGAAAUGAUGAUAUGUACAAAUCGUUGGAUGCAAAUAAGUUACUCAAUGAAUUUGGUACGUAUGGACGAUAUCAAAUGAUUUCCUAUAUGCUUUGCCAGUUAACCAAUUUUUUUUAUGCUGUAUCAAUAUUUAUUAUGAUUUUUGUAAAUCGAAAACCGCAAGAUUUUGCUUGCAAGAUUAAUGAUCCGACACGAAUCGAAAUGAUUAAUACAAUGGAUCCCUGCAUGAUUAAAGAUGUGAAUACAGGAAACGAACUGAGAUGUGCUUCAGUUAAUAGCGGAACAUCAAUUGUCAGUAAUUCAACAGAUCAAUCGUACAGUAUACUUUUCGAGUAUGAAUUAUUAUGUGUCAACCCAUUUAUACAAGAAGCUGGUUUUUCAGUUUUUUCGGCUGGUGCUCUUCUAGUAGUACCAAUAGCAUCACAUCUAUCAGAUCGGUAUGGUCGCCGACGUAUCUUUUUAAUUUCCAUGUAUUCAAGUGUCAUAUUCAGUUUUAUUAUAGCAUUUUCACCUAAUUAUGCAAUCUUCGUAUUGUUGCGAUUUCUUGUGGGAGCAGCAGCCGAUACCUAUUUGACAAUUGGCUCAAUUCUUUGUUGUGAAACAGUAGCUGGAUCAUUUCGUGAAUGGAUAAGUUUAUUUGGAGUAACAUUUUGGCUACUCGGAUAUUUGUAUGUCGGAGCUUUGGAAGUGUUCAUUAAGGACUGGAGAAAACUAUACUUCAUAUCAGCAGUCCCCAGUUUAUUGACUAUUGUAUAUUUCUGGUUGCUUCCUGAAUCACCACACUGGAUGAUCUCACGCAGACGGAUACAUGGCAUCCAAAAGUAUAUUAAAAUGUCUUCAUGGUACAAACAUCACAAAUUGUUCAAUAAUGUUAAAAUUGAUUUAAAUAAAUGUCAAUCGGAAAGUAUCCAGAAGAGACUUGCAGAAGAAUUUAAAGAAAGAAGUGUCUGUGAUUUAUUUAAAUAUAAACGAAUUAUGUUUUUUCUGUUUGUCAACGGCUAUAUCACGAUGACUAUGAACUUUUAUUAUUUUGUUGUUUCAUUUAAUAGUGUCAAUCUAACCGAGCAUGCAUUCACCGGUUAUGUUCUAUCCGGUUUAUCAGAGAUCCCGGGAGGUAUCAUUGUUAUUCCAUUGCUGCAUUUUUUUGGUCGCCGUUCUGUUGCAUGCGUAUCAUUUUUCUUGCAAGCUUGUGCCGCACUUAUUACACCAUUCGUUCAAGGAAUUCGAUGGGCUCGGAUAUCAUGCAACUUAUUCGGAAGAAUGAUCAACGAAGUAGUAUAUGCAACCCAUCCUUUACUGGCAAACGAAAUGAUGCCAACAACCAUUCGAACAAUCAGUUAUUCAAUAAUUAAUAUACCUCAGAGCAUUGGAAUCAUGUUUUCACCAUUACUCAAAUAUUCAGAUCUGGGUGACGGCAAAGUACCGCAAUUCAUCCUAGCCGGUUUAUCAUUUGCUGCAGCGGUGCUAGCCAUUACUUUACCGGAGACCAAAGAUAAACCAAUGCCUGAAGACUUAAAUCAAUUAGAUCCAGGACCAUUUCUGGGAUAUUUCAUUACAAGACAAAGCUUAACAAAGAAAUGA